CGUUUCCAGCACCUGAUAAAAUGCUCCGCUGCCCAGGGAGUCGCUUCAGUUGUGGCCUGGGCGAUAGUUCCCGGAGCGAGAGGCGCUGAGAGAACUCCUGGACUGGCGCGUUGGCCGAGAAAACUGACAGACAGGAUGAGCUUCUUGCACCUCUUGGGUGUUUUCCUGGCUGUCCUUCCAAGCCUUCAUGCUGGUUCCUCCCUACGCUUCAUUGCAGUUGGAGAUUGGGGUGGACUUCCUAAUGCACCUUUCUACACUGCUCGUGAAGUAGCCGUGGCCAAAGAGAUGGGACGAACUGUUGCUUCACUGGGAGCUGAUUUCAUCUUAUCUCUUGGAGACAACUUUUAUUACAAUGGGGUAACUGACAUGUACGACAAGCGUUUUCAGGAAACCUUUGAAUCAGUUUUCCAAGCACCUUCACUGCGUAAAUUGCCCUGGUAUGUUGUAGCUGGAAACCAUGAUCAUUCUGGGAAUGUCUCUGCCCAGAUUGCCUACAGCAAAAUCUCGAAGCGCUGGCAUUUUCCUAAAUUCUACUACAAGCUGAGGUUCAAGGUGCCUGGCAGCAAUGCUACGGUUGCCAUCCUCAUGAUAGACACAGUGACCAUCUGUGGUAAUUCGGAUGACUUCCAAAGUGAGCAACCCUUACGUCCUCAGAAUGCAGGCAUGGCCCGUAGCCAAUUGUCUUGGCUCCGCAAACAGAUGGCCAGUUCCCAGGAUGACUACUUGCUGGUGGCAGGACAUUACCCAGUAUGGUCUGUGGGAAAGCACGGCCCCACUGAAUGCUUGGUCAAGCAGCUUCAGCCACUGCUAUUGAAACACAAGGCCACUGCCUACCUGUGUGGCCAUGAUCACAACCUGCAGUACCUACAGGACAAAGGUGGCAUAGGCCAUGUGCUAAGUGGAGCAGGAAACUUCAUGGAUGUCUCCAAGCAACACCUCCAUAAAGUCCCCAAUGGUUACCUACGCUUCUUCUAUGGGCAGCCCUCUUCCCAAGGAGGCUUUGCCUACUUUGAGAUUGAUGGCAAAGAAAUGCGGAUCUUCUAUAUUGAGGCCAGGGGCAAGUCUCUUUACAAGACUUCACUACCCAGACGGAGACUCAUCUAAAAUUCAGACAGUGGUUUUGCUAACUUCUGUAUUAACUACUGUGACUCAGGGAGAGAGGCACUGGUGGCAUCUCUGGCUCACACACCCCCUCGCUUCUUUCCAUUAAGUUGAGAGCUGGCAAGUGUAAGAAAGGAAAUUAAUGAGAGUUUGUGUUACUUUUUCUCAUAUUUUGAGUCAUUCCUGUUGGAACCUGUAACCUUUCUCUCUUCAACAUUCCAAGCAUUCCCAGUGAAUGUAACUUCUGAAGUCCCAUGGGUUGGCUUGGGACUCCUGCCAUUCCUUGACAAUGGCAGAUCAAGAAUUGUCAAUGAUCCAGCUCAUUUACUGUAUGGACGGUGAUUCUGAUUCAUUUCUGAACAAUAGUACAGUUUAGUUUUUCAGGAUUUUAGGAUAGGCUAAUAAUAGGAGCUGUUGACUGAGCAAUAUCAUCCAGUCAUACAACUCCUACCUAGCUUAAACCCACUCUUAUUCCUAGAUAGUGUCACAGUCAUGCUGUAUGCACAUUCUAUUGCUAGAUAACGUAUUGGGGCAGGGGAUUUCUGUUGGCAGUGCUUUUAGCAUCUACUUGUCAUGCAUACAUGAAUAAAGGUGCCAAUUAUUGAGGAAUAGCCAACACAGUAAUAAUUUCUCCAAGCUUUUCUCAACACUGUAAAGGAAAAGUGAUUGGAUUAUGUAGUUUGUUCCAAGAGCCAGGUAAAAGCCUGACCUUGUCAUGAGCAUACUGUAGAAGCAAUAACUGGGCCUAAUGAUGUCACCAACUCGAAAUAAAUUAUUACACUACCAGUUUCAGAUGAAAAUAGUGGGAUUCAACAAGUUGAAGAGUGGGGCAGAAAUUAACUUUAACAGCUACAGUUUGAAGUGCUGGAGAAGCGAUUAAGUUGGAUCCAAGAAUAACAAAGACUUUAUUAUCAUUCUCUCCCACUGCCACUUUAGGAUUGUACAUCCAUUUCUUUUCUGUCAGACCAUUUUAGAUUCACAAUUCUGCACUCUGUAGUAUGAGUUUAAGUAGUGUAGCAAGAGGUUUCCCUCCUCUUUGCAUGAAAGUCCUAAAGGACAUCUCUUGCAUGUGUUAGAUAUUAUAUUGUUUAGUCACAUUGGGCUUUGGAUUUAGUGGUUCAUUUACUUAUCCAAGGAGUUGAUGCCCCAACCUUCAGACUUAGAGAAUGUCAUGACAUGCCUGCUAAAGGAUUAGGAGACUUUUCUGUAUUCUAAAGGGGUUUUCUGACUAAUGAUUAUUUUUGCAUUGCAAAUACAGUGAGUGAAUGAACAUCAUAACGCAUCAUUUCCUUUCUUGUGUCUUAUUUGUUUUUUGUUUGAUUUUGCUUGAAAUGUUAGCUGCAGUUAUGUAUUUAAAAUCAUAUAUUUUGCCAAAAAUUGGGAAAUUUCAAUUUCCUAUGAGAUUUAUGAUUAUUUUACUACCAAAAUUCAAUCUUAUUCUCUGUGUAGUGUUCUUAAUUUGCUUUUUAAGAGAAUACAAUCUUCUCAUUUUUUUUCUUGCAAAUGAUUAUUCAAUAAAUG